UUUAUAGAAACCUGAAAGGGUUUCAGGAGAUGAAGACUCUUAACACCGCUACGAAAAUUACCUUAAAUGUAAAUCAUUUAAAUGGCAUAUAUUACAUUAUACCACUUUAAACCACUCCGUACAACUCCGCGACUAACUCAAGGCGGUGCAGACUGAACUUCCACCGUCCUGCGUUUUUGUUCCUUUGGGGGCUUUGAGGUGAAUUAGUUAUGUCUACCGUUAAGGCUUUGCCACUUUACCAACGGAAGCACAAGCAUUUUGACCAGGAUUACCGCAGUACGCAAACUAAGUAUACGGUCAAGGAAUAUACUGCUUCUUCAUCAAGAAAAACCAGUUCAAAAACAAUAAGCCAUCAUCAGCAACAAGAGCAUCAAGGAACUUCCAAGGUACAGGCUGUGGAGGAGGGCAAGGAUGAAUCUGCUUAUACCAUACCUCCAUUUAGGCAGAGAGAUGCAACUGAGGUUGAGGAGUAUCAACGCAGAACCAUUAAUUUUGGAAGAGGACUGGCUGAGCUGCAGCAGGAAGUGCACAAGAUGCGAGAAGCUACUCGGUACCAGGUUGACAAGAUCGUGGUUCAGAGGGAGGUUGAGGAAGCCAUGUCCUUUAGGAAGAAAAUUUAUGAGGAGACUGUGAAGGAGCCAGAGUUUCUGGUGAACGUGAGGGCCCACACUGUUUGGGAGAAGACCCCCCUGAAGUUGCUGUGCACUGUUCUGGGACAUCCUGCCCCUAUGGUCAAAUGGUUUAAGGACGGUGUUCUCGUUGAUCGGCUGAAUAAUCUAGAGAAGUACAAGCUGGAGAGCAAGUAUGGCGUUCACAGUCUGACCAUUGCCAGGAGUGACAUCGGUGACACCGGCGAGUAUACAGCUGUGGCCACCAACGUGCACGGCUCAGUUUCCUCCAAGGCCACUAUCACUGUCAAGAGGCCUGGAGAGGAGGAAGAGUUGUCGCAGCCUUCACUGCUUUCCUGCCAAAUCCCCUUGCUGUCAGAAAUACGUUACAGCAAACUUGAUAUCACCUUCCUGGAGAAGUUUGGUGUGAGCUUUGGAACAGAGGGAGGCACGGUUAGCCUGACUUGCAAACUGAUCAUUAACCCGGACCUUGUUAACCUGCCCCCUGACACUAUGUGGUACAGAGACGAUGAGCUGCUGAAGGAGUCUGAGUGGGUGGAGCUGAAAUCUGGAGGCAGUGUGGCUAAGCUAACCCUCCCCCACCUCAAUAAGGAGGACGAGGGCCUCUACACCCUCCGCAUGUGGACGAGGGACGGAACGACGGAGCACAGCGCGUACCUCUUUGUUAAAGAUGCAGCUGCUCCUGUAGCUGGUGCCCCUCCGGCCCCCAUGGAUGUCAAGAUCCUUGAUGUGAACCGAGAUUAUGUGUUUCUGUCCUGGAAACCUCCCAACACCACCACUGAGGGACCAAUUACUGGAUAUUUUGUGGACAGGCUUGAAGUUGGCGCUGAGGCCUGGGUCCAGUGUAACAGCGCCCCUGUACAGAUCUGCAAGUACCCCGUGCAUAGCCUGAGUGAGGGCCGCGCCUAUCAGUUCCGGGUGCGAGCAGCGAACAGCUCUGGCAUUAGCCACCCCUCAAGAGUCUCUGAGACAGUCACAACCCAGGACCCAACCGAGCUGGAACGGCUGCAAGUAAUUAAAAUUGAAGGAAGACGGGACAUUGUGAUUCGUCCAGAGGACUUAGAAGGUUAUGUGAAGGUGCCGGGACCUCCCACUAAGGUGCAAGCUUCUGAAAUAAGCAAGUCGUAUGUGGUGUUGAGCUGGGAGCCACCACAACCUCGCGGAAGGGAGCCAUUGUGCUACCAAAUCGAGAAGUCGGUGGGAGACUGUGCACACUGGCAGAGGCUGAACAUGCCCGUGCCCCUGAAAUCCCCCCGCUUCCCCAUAUUUGAUUUAGAGGACAACAAAAAGUACUUCUUCCGUGUCACUUCUGUGAAUAAGUAUGGGUCCAGUGAGCCUUCUGCCCCUACAGAGCCUAUCGAGAAGAAGGAGCUAUAUGGGGUUCCCUCAGCCCCUGGUCAGGUUGCUGCUACAAGAAACACAAAAACAUCCAUUUUUGUGCAGUGGGAUCCUCCCAAGAAUCCACACGGCCUCAUUGGCUACUACAUUGAUGCCUGUGUCCUGGGAACAAAAGCAUGGACUCCAUGUAAUCACAGACCGUACAAGCACACCAGGUUUGUGGUUCAUGGGUUGACUCCUGGGGAAUCCUAUGUGUUCCGUGUACAAGCAGUAAAUGCUUUUGGCCUCAGUGAUGAAUCUCAGGAGUCCUUGCCUAUCCAGGUGGCAGAUGCCCUUUCCACACCCACUCCCGCAUACGGGAUCGCCCUGCUCUGCUGUGAUGGAGCCUCCAUGAUUCUGGGAUGGAAGCGGCCCAGGUAUUCUGGUGGAUCCAAGAUAACUGGUUACUAUGUUGACCAGCAUGAGGCUUCUAGCACGGAAUGGAAGGAGGUUAAUGUGGUUCCUGUCAAGGAGAGAAUUUUAAAGGUUGAAAAUCUGAAGGAAGGAGCUUUUUAUGAGUUCAAAGUUAAAGCGGCAAAUCUUGCUGGAGUUGGACAGUCUUCUGAAAAUAGUGAACUUUUUCACUGUGAGACCUGGAACAUGCCAGAACCAGGUCCUUGUCAUGAUAUCUCUUUUUGUGAGAUCAGGAAUGACUCUCUGGUUGUUCAGUGGAAGCCCCCAGUUUACAUGGGUAAAAGCGCCGUCACUGGGUACUUCAUCGAAGUGUCCAAGAAGGGUACUGGCCAAUGGGCCGCUGUCAAUGACAAGAGUGUUGAUCACUGCUAUCUAAAGGUGUCCGAGCUGGAGAAAGGAGAGACUUACGUCUUCAGAGUGCGAGCGGCCAAUGCACAGGGUAUUGGACGGGCAUCUGAUGCCUCCGAGCCUGUGUGUGUUAAGGCGUUGCCAGGUACCAAGGAAAUUCAUUGUGGAGUGGAUGAAGAAACCGGAGACGUGUAUCUGUCCUUCGAAGCGUGUGAAGUGUCUGAGGUCUCGAAGUUUAUCUGGUCAAAGUCCUACAAAGACAUCACUAAUUCUUCCAGAGUGACAAUUGAAACCAAAGGGAGAAGAUCAAAAGUUAUCUUCAAAAACCCAGACAAAGAAGAUUUGGGAACGUACUCUGUCUUUGUGACUGACACUGAAAAUGUGUCUGCCAGCACCGUCUUAAAGGAGGAAGAGCUGAACAAAAUGCUGGAACUGAGCUACGCAAUCAGACAUCCAAUCGUUCCUCUGAAGACAGAGCUGGCCUAUGAGGUCCUGGAGAGAGGCCGCGUGCGCUUCUGGUUGCAGGCCGCGCGCAUGUCCCCCGCCGUUUCCUACCGCUUCAUCGCCAACGACAAGCAGAUCACCACCAGUGAGGGCUACAAGUUAAGCCACAAUGUUGCAACAGGAAUUAUUGAGCUCAUGAUGGAGCGUUUCACAAAGGAGAGUGAAGGGACCUACACGAUUCAGAUUCAGGAUGGCAAAGCGAAGAAUCAGUCAUCUCUGUUGCUCAUCGGUGAUGCUUUCAAGGCAGCUCUGAAGGAGGCCGAAUUCCAGAGGAAAGAGUACAUUAGGAAACAAGGCCCCCACUUCCAGGAUUAUUUGUAUUUCCAGGUGGAAGAUGACUGCACUGUGUUACUUAAAUGCAAGCUUGCCAAUGUCAAGAAAGAGACUGUCUUCCACUGGUACAAGGAUGAUGAGGAAAUUGUUCUCGACACGCCAGUCAACGUGAUGUCUGGAAGCUGUGCACUCCCUAUCCCACUGUUUUCCAGGAAAGAUCAAGGUAUUUACAAAGCUACCCUUAGUGAUGACAGAGGAAAAGAUGUCUCCCUAUUCGACAUUUCGGGCAAAGUGUUUGAAGAUAUUAUCAACGGCAUUGCUCACAUUGCUGGCUCCUCCGCGUCCGAGCUGGUGCUGCAGUGCACCCCAGAGGGCAUUCGGCUGCAGUGCUACAUGAAGUACUAUACCGAGGAGAUGAAAACACACUGGUUUCACAAGGAGAGCAAGAUCUCGUCCUCGGAGAAGAUGAGGAUCGGCGGCACUUCGGAGAUGGCCUGGAUGCAGAUCUGCGAGCCCACCGACAGGGAGAAGGGCCAUUACACCAUCGAGAUCCUGGACGGCACCACGUCACACACGCGCACCUUCGAUCUCUCUGGGCAAGCAUACAAUGAGGCGCAUGCGGAGUUUCAGAGGCUGAAGGCAGCAGCGUUUGCAGAAAAGAAUCGCGGCAGAGUGGUCGGCGGACUCCCCGAUGUCGUCACCAUCAUGGAGAAGAAGACUUUGAGCCUGACUUGCACCAUAUGGGGCGAUCCCACCCCUGAGGUCACCUGGUUCAAGAAUGAGCAGGAGGUGAUUCCUGAUGACCACAUUUUGAUCUCCUUCGAGGGGGGAAAGUUUUCAAGUCUUACCAUCAAGUGUGUGACCUCCGAAGACUCCGGGAAGUACAGCAUUAAUGUGCGGAACAAGUAUGGUGGCGAGUUUGUUGAGAUAACUGUAAGUGUCUAUAGGCAGGGUGAAGAAAUCCCUGAGCCCAAACUGGGACAGAGGUCGGGGGGGGGCGUAACCUCCAAAUCCUCCCCCCAAGCAUCUCAGCCCACUAAGUCCCCGAUGACCCCUCCCCAGAGUGCUAAGUCGCCCACUCCCGCUCCCUCAGUCAAGUCCCCCACUCCCUCUAGUGGCGCGAGGUCCCCCACCCCACGCCAGGAAACCAAAUCGCCCACCCCCCCCAGAAAUGUGAAGUCCCCGACUCCCCCCAGGAGGAAGUAAAGGGGGAAUGAGGGUGCAGCUAUGCAAGGAAAGGCAUGAGAAAAGACAGGAUAAUUAGAAUCAUACAUUAAUUGAAAGAAUGAAAAGAUGAAUCAGAAAAGUAGCAUGAGAGAGAGGUGGAGUGCACCUCAUCAGUUAUUGAAGUGCCUGAAUUCACAAAUAAAAUAAAAAAAGAAAAGUUUUAUUGGUUUCUUAAAAGCUGUAAAUCAAGUUUGCCACCAGAGUCUCAGAUGAGUCAUCUGCUUAUAUAGGCUAAACGUGCUGAUUCUAGCAGAUUCUUCCACAGGAAGUUAACCUGUCACCUCUCCAGAUAAACAAACACAAUUACCUGGUGCCAGUUACCUACUACUUUGUGCCAAUAAAGCAUGUGAAUCACC